GUCCAGCUUCAAUGUUCAACUUUAUGAUUCCAAAACUCAACCUGCAACACAACCGACGCAUACCCAAGCGACACCCCUUGAACUUGGUUUUGCGAUGAAUACUUCCUCUGAUGGACAUGCUCAUGUCUUGCUGAUCGACGAGGUCUCAGCUCUGCGCGCACAGUUAAAGGAAUUACGGAUGGUCAUGAACCAUCAGUUCCACCAACUCCAUUCUCUUGGGCGAAAUUCUAUCGUGGACCCUCUGGUUCGAGAACUCGAUACUGCACGUUCGAUUUCUGGAAUACAACGUCUUCCUGUAGAGCUUCUCAUCAAGAUUUUUACUCUCGUCGUAGGCUCACCUCAAUCUCAAACCUCCAGCGACAACAUCAAGGCUGGCUGCGAUGAAGCAAUUGCAUUGUCGCACGUUUGUAGCGGCUGGCGGGAUGUAGCUAUUGACAUGCCGCAACUUUGGUGCAACAUGCACUCUGCCAUCAAGUUAUCUGGCUUGAAAACUAUCCUCCUACGAUCCAAGUCGCGUCCCCUUAAUAUUUUGCGCACGAUGGCCGACGCCUCGUUCUUAGACUCUGGCAAACUGCGACUCCAUACGAUGUAUACAAUCAAUUCCGCGCACCGAUGGAAGACUAUGAUUUGGACGUCCUCCGAGAAAGACAUCCGAAUAAUAGUGUCUCAAUUGAACUCUGCCGUUGGUUUAUCUUUCCCUAGACUCUGUACACUGCAGCUGGCUGUUCAACAUAGAAGUUCUUGUUUUCCCUUGCCGACAUUUGCGGAGGACAUACAUAUUCCCAAGUUCCCUGCGCUUGAACAUAUUCGUUUAGCUUGCAUUUCUCCAGAGGAGUUGCCUCCCAGUGCGCUUCCCGCGUUGCAAACGUUCUACUUGUUCUACUCUCCGAAGAGGUUCUCUGCUUCAGGACAGAAUCAAGCACCGCCACUUCGCAUGUCAACUUUACUUCCCCUACUCUUCAGGGCUCCUGGCCUUACGGAAUUGACCUUGGAUGAGACCGUUCCCUUGUUAGAUAUUGAACUCGGACCUCUAAACGACACACUCUCCAACCCUGUAAAAGCAUACUCUCGCAGGACAUGCCGUGUUGUACAGCCGUUGAAAAUGUCAAAGCUUACCUCGUUCAGCUGGUACCAAUGUCCCGCGAAGGACCUUUGGCGGUUCUUCCACUUUGUCUCAAUGCCAGCCCUGCGCACCUUACACCUCUUCAUUGACCUGUCAGCUUCCCGCUGGCCCAGAGAACAUGAUGGUGUAAUCUUGUUCAUGGAUUCAGCUAUACCUGUCUCUCGAUUUCAUACCGAUCCUUUGAUACGCAUGGACGCCCUCACAGACCUGACGUUGGAGUUCUCCGAUUCCGAUGGCCUCACUGCGGCUCUCAGAAAGUUCAUUUUACCUUCUCUCAAAUCCCUCUCCCUCAUGUUUGUUCCAACCAAGGAUCUUGCGACACUUCCCGAAUUGCCCAUCUCGGAGUCAAUUUUUCGUGAUCCCCCGAUGCCGCACCUUACCACCCUAUGCUUGUCGCGUCUUCGCCUUCAUCUCGAGCAUACAACUUCCCUGCUUCGAUACACGCCAUUGUUGCAGUCGCUUACGUUGGAAGGCUGUUCUGGUGCGGGUGAACUCGUACAUUCGCUGCGCGGAAAGAUCAGCACGUAUGGCAGCGUCAUCGUAAAGCAAUGGGACUGUCUGCAUCUAGAGCAUCUCGCAUUCAUGGAUUGUGCCGAUCUAGAGUUUGAUCAACUUGCGCAGAUGGUGUUGAGUCGGAAGAAAGGCGCUGAAGGAAAAUCUGAAGCAGACACUGCGGGCUCUCCCGCUCGGCCUUGCAAACCCUUGAAACGACGGGCUCUGACAUCGAAUGGCUCAUCGUCCUCCCUUCCCGCAUUAUCCAGAUCUCCACCUAGGAUAAAACCUCUUAGUAUCAAGUCGGUUCGCGUCGAGGCUUGCGAUGGAAUAUUGGAGUUUGACUUGCACUGUCUCGUGCGAGGGUCAUUUGGCGUUGAAGAUAUUCAUUGGGAACCAUAGAUCUAGUGACCUUGUCGAAUGCCUUGAUACGCCUGUUCCUAUUUUACUUUGUGUCUGUUUUUUUUCCUUUGUUCUGUCACAUCUUAACGUACCCCACUUAAAUGCGAUACCUGCCUGAUUCAUCCAACC